GGGCGGGUGUUACACAGUGUGCUCUUGGCAUUUCUCAUGGAAGAUAUCCAGUCAUGGUGGGAGCUGCCGAGCGUCGCGCACUUCUGCUCGCUGUUCCGAGCAGCGUUUGAUCUUCUGCAUUUCGAUAUUGAGGAACUUGAGGAGGCCAUCCUGUGCGAUGGAGUGGAUGGUAGCGAGGAAAGUGGCAGUGGUGGUGGUGGUGGAGGGCUGGUGGUAGAGCUGGUAGUGCGGCUACUGCAGGGCUGCAUGCCGCACGUGGUCGUUACACCGCAAACUGUCAAUGAGCAUCUCAUGAAUAUAUUUAGGGAGAAGUGCCAGCUGGACCCGAGUCGCGAGAACCUCUUCACGGUUGGGUCGCGUCUGCACCGUCUGGGGCUGCGACACAAAGUGCAGCUCCUGCACGCUCUCUGCGACUUCAGGCUCGAGGCUGACGACGUGCUCGAUCUCCUCAAGAACUUGGAGUCAGACAGCUUACGUGUCGAGCCGCUGGGUUACGAUAGCAAGGGCUCCACCUUCUGGUACUUUUAUGGUACGCGACUGUACCGCGAGGACCACAGUCUAUACCACCCGCACAGGAGACGCCCUAAAGACAAAGCCCCGCAACUUUCCUUACACGACAAACGCAAGAAAAAGAGAAAGAAAAAAGGUGCCAAGGAUGACAGUGACGACGAGGGUGAGGAUGAACAGCCGCCCCCCGUGUGGCAGGUCGAGUGCUACUCCGAGGCUGACUGGAACGGCUUGGCUGAGCGCUUCGAGGGCUGCGAGUCGCGCUUGGAACGCUCGCUCCUGCAGACGUUGCGGGAAGACUUCCUGCCCGAGAUACCGCGUCUCUUUCAGGAGAAGGAAAAGCUUCAGCGCAAGAAGAUGCUAGAAAAUACGCCCAGAAGAACGUCAGGCCGCGUCCAGAAGUUGAAAGAGAAGCGCGAAGAAGGACGGUUCGACGACCACGCUUUUCCUGGGUCGCCUCAACAAUCAAACGGCGUCUCGGCGGCCACGGAAACCUCGUCGGCCCUUGGAAGUUCGUCCCUCGCUGGAGGGCCGCCAUAUUUGGACGGCUGCAGCGAGGGUGUCGAGGCCAUCAACAGGCAGCUAGACGAGCGGUUGAGAGACGGCCUCCUCAACGGUCUCGAAUCAAAUAUUGAGAUCAAGAGAGAAACUCCAGAUUUCGAUGAAGUUCAUGAUGAUUUUCAUGAUUCUCGAAGGCCACACUACGGCAUUUCUUCCCCUUGUCCUCCUGUUUCUCCUCCUCCGCCUUCCGGUAAUUUUGCCUCUAAUGCCGAGGCGACGCUCCCUACUGAAGGUUCAUUCUCUUCUCAACCGCACUCGCCGGUUCAUCCUCUUCCUUUAUCUUCUCCUCUUCGGCUGAGCUCGCCAGUUGUCGACGAGUACGACAUCGACAAUGUCGAACUUGACAGAGUACAAAACUUCAAACACAGUUACGUUAGCAGUAAGUCUUAUCUCAAGUGCUCGGAUCUCUCUUAUAGGAGGUCUAGUACUUCUUCUUCCGUUGACGGACCUCCUGAAGAAAUCAAGCAAAUCAAGUCGCCCGUUUCUUCAAAGUAUGACUCAUCUUGUUCACUUAGUGAAAAGACUUCCAAAUCCUCUUCUAGUAAGAGUAUUAAUAAUAAUAAUAGUGAUACCAAUAAAAAUAAAUGUAGUAGCAAUAGCAGAUAUUAUACAAAGGAAUGUAAUAAUGUUGAUUUUACUGACGUUAAAGACAUUACUUACGAAGCAGAGCCUUCAAAAGAACAACAGUUCCGACCUACAGACAGCAAAGCAGACGAACAUGAGGGAAAAAAGAGGAAACGUAGACUUUCAAGUGUGUCUUCUAGGAACGAGUCUAAGAGCAAAAAGAGGAAAGCUACAAAUUCUUCAGAAAACUCCCGGAGGAAGAAAAAAGCGGACGAAUUCACUGUUUACGAAGACGAAACUAGAAGAUGUGACAAGUUGCUGGAUGAAAUAGACGACGAGGAUGAGGAAGUGGAAAUUUAUUGCCCCAGGCCUGGCAGAAGACGCAGUAGCUUCAGGGACCAAGAGCUCGCUAUUGCCGCGUCUCUGGCUGAACAUGAAAAAGAAUUGGAAAAGCAGCGACUAGAAGCCCUUCUUAAAGAUGAACAGAACGAUGAUUUAGUUCAAAAUGAAGCCUUGAGUGAAGGAAAAGAUGCUAUCGGGCCUCCUGCGUUGGAACCUACAGGUCCUGCAGCAGAGCUGCCUGCCUCUGCCAAAGAGCCAAUCAAAUCAGCAACUGCUGAUCAGACCUCCAUUGUGAGUAGACCACGAGGACGACCAAGAUCGAAACCCGUCUCUAAGGCUACUGAAAACGAAACUGAGACCAAUGAAGAUGACUCUGUAGGCACGGCGAGCAGCAUAAGAGACGUAAAUUCGGCCAUCCAAACUAGUCUUAAGAAUGUCGUCGAAGAUCCUGUGUCUCCCUUGCGAUCUCUACAGCCUGAAGACUUUAAUCUGAUUCCUGUAGCUGGAAAGUCUCCCUCCAAAGGGCUGAAUGGCUUGACGGCCAGAAAAUCCCAGAGAAAAAUUUCCACUGAUUCUGAUACUCUUCCUGACCUCGAGAACGACGAAGAAUUUUCUACCACGAGUGCUGACAAGUCCCAAAGUGACAGCGGGGUUGGUGAUGGAUCUCCGAGAGGCAGCUCUUCUUCUGUACCGACGGAGUCUGUCAAGCUAAUUGAUUUAAAUCCUGAUGAAGGAGUGCAGAGCUCCAAUGGGGAUAGCCCCUGCAGUAUAAUUGAGCCUUCGCCUUUCUUGUCACCAUCUUCGUCUAAUGCAUCUAAAGCAUCAUCGAGUAAGUCUUCCAAGAUGUCAGAGCAAGUUGCGUCUCCAAAAUCUUCAAAUGUUCUUACUAAAGCCUCCAAGAAAUCCAAAGAGAGCCAUUGCAAGGCGACGAAAUCGAGUCAAAAGAGCAAAAUUCAGCCAUCAAAAGCAUCGAAGAAAGUAAAAAAGAAGAAGAAGAAAGUCUCCAAUGAAUAUAGCGAUGACGAUGUCGACCAAAGAACUGAUAAAAUCAUUAGCUCUUCCGACGACAUUGAUAAACCUCAGGUGUACAGCGGCCGCAAGACCAACAACUCUUUAUCAUCGUUGGCUUUCUCGCUGAGCCCCGCGGCCGCUGUAGUGCCUGAACCCAUCGAGCCUCCCGCGCCAUCCGUUCAGCCCACAAAGAAGAAAGUUAAAACUUCUCACGUGGUGCUGCAGACCGACGAGGACUUGAGGACGGGCAUGUACAAGGUGCUGGAGCAGCUGCGCACCCACCCUGACGCCUGGGCUUUCCUGGACCCUGUGGAGGAGUCCAUAGCCCCCAACUACUACGCCGUCAUACGUAGACCCAUGCACAUUACCAAGCUGGAAGAACGACUUGACAAAGGUUACUACACGUCCCUGGCCAUGUUUGAUGCCGACUUCAAAUUGAUGAUGGACAACUGCAAGCUCUACAACGGACCUGGCAGCGAGUACACUCACAUGGCGUAUACACUGGAAAAAGUUUUCGCCAAGCUACGAGCCAAGUACCUCGAAACAGACGUAUCAUCGGAUGAAGAAAUUUACAUCGACUUGAGCUAUGAACAAAACUUGACUUCAAAGAAGCGCCGUCGGAGCAGGGAUGAGAAAGACAACAACAAAGCUGUCAAGGCUACCAGUAAAAAGGGUCGUAAAAAGAAAGUUGGCCGUAAACCUAAAGAUCAAAAGUUGAUAUUGUCCAGCGAAUCUCCUAAGGAGCCGGAGACAUCUCCAAAAAAGAAAGUUCUUACGCCUGCAAUAAAUAAGAAAGAUGCCCAAGCCGAAGAAAAGUCUAAAAACAAAGAAAAUAGAACAGACAAGACAAACAAGCCUAAGAAGAAAAGUAAAAAAGCUUCUGAUUUGGCUGUUGAUACGGAAGGAGACGAGGCUGAGCAGCCAGCGGCUCAUGAAGAACUCGUAGAAACUACAACGAAAGAGAUCACCGGUGUCACCGUUAAAGCCACUUCUCCACCUCGCGUUGUGCUCCCAAUAGAUGAAGAUUAUGAUGACGAUGACGAUGAUGACUAUGAUGAACCACCACUUCUGGUCAGGGAAGAUCCGUACCCAGAAGAGGAAGAUGAUGACUUCGAAUAUAGCAGAAAUGCUUCUCUUGCUUCCCGGUACUCACCCGCCAAAAAAUCUGAGAGCAAAUGUUUCUCUAGCGAAUUGAUUCCAACGCCAUUGUUUUUACCAAAACGAAAGCCUGGAAGACCUCGAAAAGAUUCGAACACAAAAGCUGCUGUCAUCACUCAGGUGUACCACACUAACAGGGAAAGUACUAAUAAUGAGGCUAGCAAAAGAUCAGCUGUGACAGUCUGUAAAUACUCGGAUGAUGAUAGACUCAAUAAUAAAGACAGUGUCAUUACUGACGUGUCAAGCUUCGCUGCCAGCAAGCUUGAUGUUGAUAUGGACGAUGGCAGUCGAGACGACCAAAAUAAACAUCGUCUCCUCGAUCCUCUAGAAGUACUGAAGCCUAAACAACGCCAUUACGUUCCACCCGCUAUCAUCGAUGAUGACGAUGAUGACGAUGAAUUAGAACAAGACGUUUGCAUUUAUUACAAGAAUGACGAUUAUCAGUCUAGUGAGGAAGAGAGGGACGAAGCCAAGGCCAAGAAAGAUUAUAUUACUAAACGCCAUAGCGAACUCUUCGGUGAAAUUGACGAUCUGGACGAGGAGAACGACCGAGACACAUCGCGCGACUACUCCGACCAUCACUCGCAGAAGAGUAGCAAACAUGGCAGCAAGAAGAAGGAUAAGGAUAGGAAGAGACAUAAGCAUGGUGAAAAACACCACCACCACCAUCAUCACCACCACAAGAGUAAAUCUAAGGAUGGUAAGCACCAUCACAAGAAGAAAGACAAGAAACAUAGUUCUGACAAGGAGAACUCGAGGAAGGUUCUCAAGGUUGAGGAGGUUUACGACUGUUCUGAAGACGACCCCAACUCGAGGGACGUGAUCCACAGCCCGGCGCAACUGCCGUGCGACGAUGAGGUCGUCCACGGUGACGUGUGCGGCGUGUAUGAUGUCGACAUAAACGAUGAAGACGAAGCGGGCCGCGUCAGUGUGGACAUGGCAUCGUCCGAGAGCGAAUCUAGUCUUCUGAAGAAGAAGAAAAAUAAACACAAGUCCAAGCAUCAUAGCAAGCACCACAGCAAACACAAAGACGGGAAAUCUAAAGACAAGGAAAUCAAGAGCAAAGCUAAACUCUUGAAAGUUAAAGGUAGCAAGGCUAUUGUAGAGAAAAUUAAACCUGGCAAACUAAAGUCCAAAGAGAACAAGAAGAUGAGCAAAAGCAACAAGAACGGCAAGAGGAAACUAUCACAGAAGAACGUUGCUGCAAUUGAUGCACUCUCUGUUGCCACAGAACAGACACUCAAGGAUAUCACGUUUAUGCUUGACGCUCCUGGUGUGGCUCGUCUGCGUCAGGACGAAGAAUUUCAAGAGGCGUGCAGGGAAGUGGACGACGUGCACGAUGACGUGUACCAGCCUGUGGAGGACGACCGGGAGGGCUCGAUGCUGCACCUCAACGCAGACGCCCUCCGAAUUGAGCAGGAGUAUCGCCAGCGCCUCAAGAUGGACAAAGUUGAGCGUCAGAAGUCGGAGAAAAAUCAGCGCUAUAAAACGGAGGCAGCAGAGACCGAUAUUAGCAAAGCGCCGCAGCACAAGAAAAAGAAGAGGAAGAAAGACGAGACGGAGGCUGGUGUUGCCGAUACUGAGAAUAAGAAGAAGAAGCUCAAAACCGAAAACGAGGAAGAAGAACGGAGCAAGAAGAAAAUGAAGGCGAAGAGCAAUAAAGUUAAAAACGAUGUUGCAGAGAAGAAAGACUCUCAGACUGGCAAUGUGAAGAACGAUAGCUGCUUGGUUAAAAGCGACACGGAGCUUGAAAAUAAAAAGAUAAAGCCCUUCUUGGACAAGAAGAGUGAUAGCGAUAAGGAGUCCUUAGAUAAUGGAAAAGAACUCUUCAAAGACAUUAAGGACGGAAGAAUUAAGCCUGGUGCCAUCAUCAAGUCAAAGGAUAUAGCCAAAAAAGAAGGAGUUGUUAAAAAAGAACCCAAACCUCCACCUGAGGCCAAACCGAAGCCUAAACCAAAUAAUCCUUUCGGGAAAAUAAACAAGCAAGAAAACUCCAAGUUAACUACGCUCAUUGCCAAAGCUAAAGAAUCACGCGUUGGUCUCGUUCCUUGCAGUGAAGUUGGCGACAGUCCCAAACUGAGCCUUGGGAGCAUCAUUGUUUCUGGGGACAUCGGGACCGGCAUCAAGUCCACCCACGAAACUGACGACGAUGACAAAUGGGAGCCCCCACGUGAUCGCGAAAAAUGGGAGAGCAGCCCGUGGGAGGGUUCCAAUUGGGACCGGCCGUCUGAGCGUGAGGAGAACACCCCAGUUAGGGAAGAAGAGCCUGUCAAGAGCGAGAGGGAGGAGGCGGAGGAGGUGAUAGUGUGUGACAAGCAGCAAACUCCUUCAAGAAGUGAGCCCAGAGAAGACAAGACACCAACUAUUGAGGAAAUGACACUUCCUGUGACGCCCAGAGCCCCGGAAAUCAAACAAGAACGCGCCACGCCCAACUUGUCUGCGUGGUUCAAGGCCUUCGGCGCUCCUAAGAGCAGCAACAACAGUAACAAUAUUAAUAGCGGUGGUAGCAGCCAGCACGGUAAACAAGGAGAAGAUGAUGACGAUGUGGAUAUCACCGAACUGCAUUCACAUGAGUAUCCUUCUGUGGCGAGCGACGGUAGCAGUUUUUCGAGACCUGAAUCCCGUCAGUCGAGACAGACCACGCCAGUGCACCACCAGCAGCUACAGCAUCAGCGCCCGUCUUCACAGCUGCAUCAGAGUCCUGGAGCUGGCAGUCUUACCGAUCAUAUGAACAGUUCUAUGGAGCAGGAACAGGAUGAUCUCGACUCCAAUUCCCAGCAACUUUUGAUCGGCAGUUGCAGUGGCAGCCUUCGGGAUCCGAUGAGCAGUGCGUCUCGGGCGUCUUCCGCUGAUCGCAAUCACCGCAUUAAUGACAGCAACUCCAACUCUGCUGUAGAUGUUGUCGAGGUUGUUGGUGAAGACAUUUAUAAUAGUAGCAAAAAUAACGUUGGUGAUGACAGCAACGACUCUCUCCGUAGCGGCGAUCACUUCAACCAGCCCAUGCUGCCUUCGAGCCCCAAGCCAGUGUGUUCCCCUGAACCCCCUCUUUCCCCUGAACCUCCCAUGUCUCCUGAGCCUCCAAUAUCUCCCGGAAAGCCUCCAGAGACGCCCUGGUAUGAAAAGCUUGACGAGAAAAUGGAAGACGAGCCUAUUUGGAGGAAAAACAAGAUGGAGGAGGAGGAAGAUCCGUACAAAUUUGAAGAGGAGGAACUUGACCGCGCCCGAGAAGAGGCCAAGAAGUUGGAGGUGGAGCGACAGCGCAAAGCUUCGGUGUCGUCGUCAGGAGUGUCGGACCGCUCACCUCUGCCUAGCCUCGAGAACUCCCCAGCCGCGUUUUCUGAGGGCGAACGGUCCCCCGCUAUCAAUUCCCCCGUCACUCCAGGGUUUGGUGGAAAGCAAUUUUCACCGGUCACCGAGAAGAGCCCCAAUAUUCCUUCUUAUUCACCACGAUAUGAUUCGUCCAUUAGUAAACCUUAUUCUACUUACGAAGCUGAUAAAUCCAAGUACCAAUCUAAUGGUGGUUUAAAAGUUGGCUUUUACAAAGACCAUUCAGAAAAAUCUUCCAAUGAAAAGCAAGAUAGCAAGUCCUCUGAACACAAGUCAAGCGAAUCUCCUCUAUAUAGCCCCACUGUUCCUUAUGUUUCCAACUUCUACUCAAAGUCUGACAGUGCACACAAUAAGCAAAAAUCUCCGGGACGUUACAAUAGUUUUUACCCUCCGUCUAUUGAUCCUAGCAUAGACAAGCCCAAGACUCCUGGCUAUUAUCCUUCCUCAGCGCCUUCCACGCCGUCAGAUAAACCCUCCCCGAAUACCCUGGGAUCUGACGUUGACAAAAACAAGCCUCCCUUCAAUUAUUAUAAUUAUGAUCCUAACAAGCCUCUCACUGAUCAGUUCAAAGGCUCUGGUUCGUCUCAUAGUACACCCACGCAUAAUAGCACCCCGAGUAGAAGUACUCCGAGCCACAGUUGCGAAAUAGUACCUGCUAUUCAGUCUCGCGAUAUCAAUAACGUUAGUCACAACCAGAUACCCUUACAUAUUUCACAGCAGAGCAAGCACACAUCGUCCUCGCAUAACCACAACCUGGCGGACGCAUCUCGACAGAUGAAGCAGCCAGGCUACUUUGCAACUCCAGAAAGCAACAGUCACGGUACCUUAUCUCCGGCUGGGCCUUCUCCGGUGGUGGCGUCUUUGGGGCUCACUUCUCCCAACCAAAUGCCAAUGUCGUCCUUGCCUCACCAUCAGCAGGUUACAGCUCCGCCCGUCCCUCCGCCCGUUCAAAACAAGCCAAUCGACCACCCACCGCCUAAGAAGCGCCCUGCUCUUGAUCGUGUCCUGGAUGAAAGUAAUAUUCACAGUCGUAGUUUGGGUAUGAGAUCGCCUAUUGAUAUUAUGCAAUUUCCUCAACACCCAUCUCCUAAUUUACCAGCCAACUUGGCAAAUCUCUCUCAAAUUGUCUCUCGCUUCCCUGAUCCUCAGUUAGGUGGGUUUUCUUUAUCUGAGAAAGAUCCAAUGUUGCUUAAUUUACAUCAUGAGCGUCAUGCUCCCAGCUGUCCUCCAGCCAGCCAUGAUAAAAUGCUUCACUCGCCUCCCAUUUAUGGAUCUACGGAAUCUGCCGCUUUGCUUGGCAUAGCGGAUCACCAUCAACCGAGCUUAUUAUCAGGUCGUCGGUCUCAAAUGGAUAUUCCUAAAGGAAGAGAACUGGAAUCUCAGCACCCCGACCGACCUGCGUCUUUGGCGUAUCAUCACCAAGUCUCGAGUCCAUUGAUGCCUCCAACACAGUCCUCUGUGGGAUCGUCUUCGAGUUCUCUGCACAAGCAUCAAACUCAGUCUCAUGGUUACAACUUAUCGGCUCAAGCGUCCGCGCAGCCCCCGCCUCCCGCUGCUCAUCAGAAAUCAUUAGAAUCUGAUCGCCCUGGCAGCCGUAGCGUCCCUCCUCCACCACCUAAUGUCGAGAAGUCACAUCAUUAUCUGCCCCCUAAAACUAUGUGGACAUCAUCAUCCCUUGCUUCGUCGCUCCCAGUUUCAUUAUCUUCCUCUCUUGCUUCUCCGUUCAAUCCCGCCGCCAUGGCCCAGUUUGCUCUGGCUGGUCAGAAGAGCUUGAGCUCAAUUCCUCCUGACCGACUGGCUCAGCUUGGCAUGGACAGAGCCGCUCUAGCAUCGCUGGCAAGUCGCUCCAACACCAAUAUUUUCCCUCACGAGCUUCUGGGCCGAAGUUCUGGCCACCAGUCGCACAGUCAGAUGGGCGGGGGAAGUCACGGGUCUUCGUCCAUUGGAUCGAGCCAUGGCAACAACGGCAGUGGGUCGAAUGGUACCGGUGGUAACAGGUCGUCAAGUUCAGUUAGUAGUUCUGUAAAUACGGCGCCUAGCAGCAACGUGGAUCUCACUUUGGCGCGUUCCUAUGCUAGUUUAAUGUCAGGAGGUCAGUCGUCCCCUUUAUUUGGACGUGGGGAUGGAUCACUAACGCCUCGCACCUUACCUGGGUCAACGUCACCUUUCUUAUCUCAGUCUCCAGGUUUAUCCACGUCAUUAUCUAUGCCUGGGGCUCCUCGAACUCCUACUCCCGCUCAUCAACAACCUCACCAGUCACUGUCACUCGGCCAAAGCAACUUCGGAAGCUCCUUGCCCCGAGACCCUAUUUCACAAUCGCAUCCCUCCCUCCAGAUACCCUCAUUGAACAGCAUCGUCAACAGCCAGCCGCAGAUCAGUCACUUGAACGCUGCGGGGCUAGCGUCUUACCACAGUCGCGACUCGUUCGCCCUCAUGGGCCAGGGCAGCCGCGGGGCGCUGGUGGGUGCAGCAGGCAGUCUUGUGGACCCGGCGGCGUCACAACAGCUAUAUGAACAAUACCUGCAGCGGCAGCAACAGGAAAUUCUCCUGCGCUCCAGUCAUCCUCAGUUGGCAGCGCAACACUCCAUGAUGCUGCAGCAAGGAUUCAUGUCCGCUGCAGCUGCUGGAUAUCCUUCUGGUUAUCCCGCUUCUCUAGGACUACGGUCAGGCCCCUAUCAGGGCAUGAACCGUCCAUGGCUAUAACAGUAGAGUUUUUGAGCCCUUCAGCGACCACCUUCAAUGAAUUGGGCAAACUUUUGCCAGGUGUUAAGUCAUAAAUUUGAGUGAAAGAUGCGACUUUGACUGUAAUCGUAAACCCUCCUACAAUGUUGUAAUUCCUAAGGAAGAUCUGCAAUAUAAAAUAACUUUUAAAAUGGUUUCUUGUUGACUGUCUGAAAGUAUUUACUCUUUGUUGUACCGAAAGACUUGAGCGUCGAAAUUGAUUGUUAUUCUAAUGAGCUCGGCUACAAUUAUACAUUUUGAUCAUUUUUUCUUUUGUCCAUGACUUUGAAUUAGAAAUUAUUUAUUGAAUGAUUACCGUUUCGUUGCAUUAAAUAGUUGGAAUGAUUUCUCAGAAUGAUUUUUGGAAAUUGCUGAUAUUUCAUGCAUUUGGCCUCUGAUUUGAACUGUAGCAAAAAUUAUUGCCUAACGUCCGUUCAAUCUCAUAGCUAGGUUAGAAAAAUUGGUGGUGGUUCACGUGUUUGAUUCUGUUAUUCUCAAAACGGGUCUUUCUCUUAGCAAGAAAAAAUUGUCCCUGGAUUUCAUGUAACGUAUGAUACUUUUAUACUUGCAUGUAACGUAUGAAUGGCGAUACUUUUACUUAAUUGUUUGAAGUUUCUUCGUUGACAUGGCAUUUUAUGUUCCUUUACCGUUCUUAAGGUUAGAGGUGCGGACGCUUUCAAAUAGAAAUAUACCUGAAAAUUUCAAAAGAUACAGCGUCUUUGCCGUCAUCAGUAUUGGAAGCAAAUAAGAAUUAAUUUUUAUACUUGUUAUUUUAUGAACCUAAACAAAUCUUAAUCCUUUUUGGUUCCGUACUCUUUAAAUCGACUUCUGGUUUACCGGAUAUUGUGCAGGUAUUUUCCAGUCCAUAUGUGAGUGAUUUCAUUUUCGGCGUCUUAUCGUUGAACUUUUUGAAGAGAUACGCUGUCAGCCAAACUAAAUGCUUAUAAACUCAGCCAGUUCUUCAUUUAAAAUUGUAAGUCCUCAGUAUGUGUCAAAACGUCUUCCCAUGCAUUCUUUUUGUUGGGGAAAAAUCGAAAGCUUCCUUCUCAAGUUUACUCUUUUUUAAGAACAUAUUUAUUUAAUCGCGUAGAGAUUUCGACGCGAUAACCAUCGCGGGUUUGAAAACAUGGAUGUGUUUUUAUAGACGUCGUCAUCGAAGAUCAAAAUUUCUGUCAUCUGUGUUAGUAUUUCAGGCAAGUUGACUACGCCUGAGCUUUUCCAUUGCCGGCUGGGAAAGCUAAUUAACUUAGUUAUAAGCCUAUGUAAAACACGGCAUGGUGUUCGUUGAGAAUGAUGAAUUUUAAUCUCGUCUUCUAUGUAUCUUUCUAAAAGAUAUGCGUGUUGUGUUGUCUGUUGGGUUUAUUAAGAUUACGCAAACAAUGUUCUUAGAGAAUAAGACUGAGGAGAAAAUGUCGUCCGUGAACAGACUCUGUUGCGACGAACGGACCUUGCAUUGUUCCCCUGACUUUGUUGGAAUGAUUUGCAGUCCAGGGUUAUUGUUUUAUCUUAUUUCUGAAUGGUGUUGAACAGGUCUGUGUAAAGGACUUAAUAAUUUGCAAUUAAUAAAUUAUAUUUUAUUUCUCUUCGAUGUAACAUUUUGACUGGAAGUUGGCGGGUUGAUUUCGACCGGAAGAUGCGCGAAUCAAAAUUUCUCUUCAUAAAUUGUAACCAAAAUUAAAUCUGCUUGUUUUACGAGUAUAAUUUUUAAAUAUGUGAAGGAUAAGAAUCCGUAUGUCUUCGAAUUUUGUACGAACUUCAUAAAAAUUGCAGGAAUUUGUGGAAUUUUGUACGAACUUCAUAAAAAUUGCAAGAAUUUGUGGAAGGGCUUCUUUUACUAAUCUUUUACGGUAAACCUUUCGUCCUGAACAAUCUUGAAGAAAGCUGAAUUUAGAGCUCGUGAUCUCUAUGAGAUUCCCUGCAACGUACCUGCAUUCCAGUGCCGAAGUUCACAACUCGGUAGUUCUUGGCUGCUUCUUGCGUCUGUUCCCGCCGUGUCAAUUGAGUAGUAUUAAAAUAUAUAAAAUAAUUCUCAUGCUGCAGCUAAAUCAGAAUUUUUCGUGAAACGAAGUUUUCGCAUUGAAGGCAAGUUGUCUUUCAGGGAUUUCGUGACGAGAGUUAUACCGACGAAUGGACCGGGGGCCCAUGGCCUGUAGAUUCUAUUUGAGCUGUUUUUAUAUCUAUUCUUGGUGUUUCUUGUCGUCUUGUACAGCAAAAGAAGAUCUCAUUUCUCAAAUUUAAAAUACGAAACGCCGGUAACUGAAAAAAACACGAAGCCUGAACUGCGACACAGAAAUGGCUUGGCCAUGUUUUUACCGGAUCUUUUAGAUCGUUUAAAAGAUAUGACGGAAAAAUAUUCAAAAGGACACAUUACUAAUAAAUUGAUGGUGGGUGUGUCACGUCUUGUUCGGCGAUACCAUACACUAAUUCAUCAGUACGAGCUUCAAUAGUUCGGCUGCCGCAUGCUAUAUUACGGACUGUCUCGACGGCAUUCCGUCGCCUACGGUGAACUGUAUAAAAUUAUUGUUUUAUUAUGAUUAAUUAAUUACUGUUACGAUUAUCCCUAGUUUUGCAGCUCUGUAAAUAACAUUAUAAUCUGUACAUACCCUAUACAUAAAUAUGAACAAGU